AUGGAUACAGAUAGCACAAUUUCAAGUAAGUAUGAAGUUGACCUUCAAGCAAUUCAACGUCAAAUGUGUGCUGAAGAAAGAGAAAAAAGGAAGGAUGUUCUUCAACAAAAGAGAAACAACAGAGGUUGUCAUCCUGCAUCAAUAUCUGAUUCUGUUGAAAGGAUUCCAUUUUCAAAUACUUCAAGUGGUUCAACCAACAAUGUCGAAAGAAGGAAUGUCCAUCACACUCCUUUUGGAAGUACUAAGAAAAUAUCCAAUGUUGUUGAGAGGACUCCGUUAUCAUAUAUUACAAAUUGUGGAAUAUCUAAAAUUGAAUUACAAAUGAGUGAUGAGGUGUUACCAGAUUCUGUGGUUAAGAAGAUUCAUGGAAUUUCUAAAGAUUAUAUUGAUCAUGGAGAUGCCAUAUUUGUGUGUUGUAAAUGUGAUGCAAUGUUAUGGGAAGAUAAAAUACUUAGGGGAAAUAAAAAACGUAAUAAAACAUCAUAUUCUCUUUGUUGUUCAUAUGGAGAUGUUCAGCUACCACGACCGCCUACACCUCCUCCAUUACUACGUCAUUUAUAUAAAAGUCGUACCUCACAGUCUCGCAAUUUCAUGAAUAAUAUUCGAGCAUAUAACAUGAUGUUUUCUUUCACAUCUCUUGGUGGGAAGGUUGACAAAAGUUAUCAAGGAGUUAAAGGUCCUUAUGUAUUUAGACUACAAGGUCAGAAUUAUCAUCGAAUGGGUAGUCUACUUCCGAACGAUGGUGAAGAACCUAAAUUCUCCCAGCUUUACAUAUAUGAUUCACAAAACGAAGUUGUAAAUCGUCAAAAAGCAGUAAGUUCUCACAUAGAAUGCAAGACUACAAGAAACAACCAGCUUGAUAGUACAACCAUAGAGGGUCUUAAAGAUAUGUUGGAUUCUUGCAAUCCUCUUGUCCAAUCCUUCAGAAUGGUAAGAGAUUGUUUCCAAGAAAAUGAGUUUCAAGAUGUAAGCUUGAAGCUUAUUGGAACAAGAGAUAAGGAUGGAAGAGUUCAUAAUUUGCCAACAACAUCAGAAAUUGCUACUUUAAUACAUGGUGAUUUUGAUGGAGCAUUUGAUAAAUGGGACAUUGUUGUUAGAAAGAAGUCUGGUGGUCUUCAAAGAAUUAAUGAGCUUCAUCCCUCUUGCCUUGCUUUCCAAUAUCCACUUAUUUUCCCAUAUGCGGAAGAUUGUUAUAGAGUUGGUAUUAAACAUAGAGGGAUUGCGAUUGAUGAUGAGGUACUUAGAACCAAUCUUACAAUUAGAGAAUUCUUUUGUUACAAAAUUCAAGAUAGACAGAAUCAGUUUUCAUUAGUGCAAAAUCUUAAGAAUUUGAAUGCUACUGUUGAAAGUGGAGAGAAUAAUGCCUCAAGUUGUGGUAAACCUAUACUUUUACCUUCAUCAUUUACUGGUGGUUCUAGAUAUAUGAUGCAAAAGUACUUGGAUGCUAUGGCAAUUUGCAAGUCUGUUGGAUAUCCCGAUUUAUUCAUAACGGUGACUUGUAAUCCAAACUGGCCUGAGAUUUACGGGUGUUUGUAUGAUAAAGCUCUUAAUGCUGAAGACAGACCGGAUAUUAUAUCCCACUGUUCAAAAAUUUCAGUUAUGUAUACAGUGGAAUUUCAGAAGCGUGGACUCCCACAUGCUCACAUAUGUUUGUUCUUGGGUGCUGAAAGCAAAUUUCCAAAUGCAUCUGAUAUUGAUCGUGUUAUUACUGCUGAGAUACCAGAUAAAGAAAGAGAUCCUGAAUUAUAUGAGGUUGUCAAGCAAUUUAUGAUUCAUGGACCAUGUGGGCCUGAUAGGGUCACUGCUUCUGUUUUUCAAGACAAUAGCACCAACAAUAAUACGAAACAAAAUGUAGCUAUAGAUGAGAUAAAAGUAUACCUUGAUUGUAGAUAUAUCUCUGCUUGUGAAGCUGCUUGGAGAAUAUUCAUGUGUGAUAUACAUUAUAGAUAUCCAGCUGUUGAAGUAUUACCUUUUCAUUGUGAAGAUGGUCAGAGUAUUGUGUAUAACGAUCAUGAUAAUUUGUGUGAUAUUGUUACUGAUCCAACUGUGAAAAUGACAAUAUUUACAGAGUGCAUGAAUUUUAAUAAAGUCGAUGAAUUUGCCAGGACAUUGAGGUAUGUUCAGUUUCCGGGAUAUUAUGUAUGGAAUGCUAAAAUCGCAAAUGGAAUCGAAGAAAGCAUCCGUAUGGAUCAAUUUGGAGGGUACAUUAUGUCCCACCACUUGGGACCAACCUGUUUUGAAGAUAUAAAAACAGUUGAUGGGCAAGUUUUUCAAACAUUUAAAGAUGCAUGUUUUGCACGGGGGCUGUUGGAUGAUGAUAAAGAAUAUGUUAAUGCUGUCAAAGAAGCUAGCACAUCGUCAACCGGAGAUUUCUUGAGGACCUUUUUUGUAAUGUUGUUGCUGUCAAAUUCGAUAUCUCGUCCUGGUGUUUUUUGGUCACAAACGAAGUCCCUGUUAUGUGAAGACAUUCUGUAUCAGCAACAAAAGAUAACUGGUACUGCAGAUUUGGAUCUUCAACAGGAAGAACUUGAAAAUAUCUGUCUAUCUAAAAUUGAAAAGUUGCUACUUACCAAUGGAAGUACAGUGAGAAAUUUUGAUGAUAUGCCAAGUGUUCCGGACAAUUAUGUUUCAUCGUCAAACAAUCAAUUGAUAAAUGAAAGAAUUAUCGUAUGA